UUACCGUAAGUUGAGAAUAAACAAAAUAUGGAUUGAAAUCGCCGCCCAAGUAUCACUUUACCACACAAUCAGUUUGAAAACAACGCGGUGCGAGAAAACAUGGAUAGUUCCCAAGAAAAACUCGCCAAUAUAAUUUCGAAGUUGAAAAAUAAUUGUUUGUUGAUUAGUCCGAAAGUUGCGGUCAAUUAUGGUUGUCCGAAGAUUUUCGAUGGUUUCUAUUGCUGGCCGGAAACGAAACCGGGAGUUUUGGCUGAACAACUUUGCUCCAAUGAUUUCCUCAUGGCCACCAACAAGACUCAACUGGUAACGAAACAAUGCACGGAAAAUGGGACCUGGUAUAUGAAGAAGGGAUCUGAAAGGCCUUGGACGAACUUCUCCCAAUGCGGAAAUAUCCACUACAUUGAUGUGGAAGCGACCAGGCUAAACAACGAAACCAACCAAAUGUGCGCUGAAUGGUUGAUGUUGAUUAAGGAUACAACCAACGUGGGAUAUGGACUGUCUAUUGUAGCUUUAUUUUUUGCUCUAGUCAUAUUUGUUAAACUGAAAAGACUGCACUGUGAACGCAACAAAUUGCAUGUAAACCUAUUUACAACCUACGUAUUGAGGGCCUUAAUCUACUUUGCCAAAAAUGCAUUUUUCUUCGACGGCCCCACUUUGGUUAACGACAUUAGCCUUGUUGGCGACCAGGCCGGGCCUGAUUAUGCUUGGAUGUGUAAGCUAUUCACAAGCAUACAGUUUUACGUAACGACAUGCAACUUCACUUUCAUGUUAAUGGAAGGACUGUAUCUGCACAAUCUGAUCUUCUUGAACUUAUUUUCGGAGAGCCAUGGAACGACGAUCUACUGCGUUUUGGGAUGGGCUAUUCCUGUGCUUUUUAUAGUCCCUUGGAUAGUUCUGAAGAUUUUAUUCGAGAACGUUUAUUGCUGGACCCAAAUCGAAAAUGAGUAUAUUGUUUUAUUUUUGGAAGUACCAACUGGAGUAACCGUGAUUGUAAACUUUGUUUUAUUCACCUUAAUCAUGAGGGUAUUGAUACUGAAGAUUAACUUUACUUCUACCUUUACCAAUUACAAACACACUAAAUGCAGGAAGCUUCUGAAGUCCACCCUAAUCCUCAUUCCACUCUACGGCAUCCCGUAUACAAUAUCUUUGGCACUAAGAUUUGUUAUUCAUCUUCAGCGAAGCACCUCGUUGGAGAUGACCUGGAUGUUUUUCGAUCAGACCUUUACGUCCUUUCAAGGAUUAUUUGCUGCCUUGGUCUACUGCCUGCUGAAUGGCGAAGUACAGAAAGAAGUGUUCCGCAAGUAUAAUUCUUUGGUGGAUCAGACCGACAAGGAGUUUCGACGAAGUAGAACUUUAUCGACUAAUUCGCAAAAUGUUUGCUUUCCAAAUGACGACGCCGUUGAAAACUUGAAACUAGUUGGUAUAAUCGAUGAAGAAACUGCUAAUUUACAUUUAGCGAACAGUGGAACAUGAUUAGAUAAUGUAUUUAUUUUAUAAAUGCAGCGCUCUAUCAAUUAUAUUCACGACAAAUGGCCUAAUUCGAAUAGAACAAUUUAUGAACAUCCUGGUAGUUUGCUCGUUAGCAAGUCAUCAGUUUAUGCUGUUUUAUGCAAGGAUUUGUGAAAAUUAUCGUAUAAAAUCCACCAAAAAUUGUUUUGGAGUUUAACCAUCAUAAAACAGACAUUUAAAAUUGUUUUUUAUCAAGAAUUUUAACUAAGUAGAGGUAGAUUCUGAAAAAUUCUAAUCUUUCAAAGUUACAAUUUCCAAUCUGCCUCUUUUGUAGAUGUUGGGGAAAAAUUAUUUUCGCUUUUGCCUAAAUUACAAGAAAAUUAAGGCAUUAUUUUGCAAUUGUUUGCACUUAGUCGUCGUAAAAUAUGAGUAAAUUAGUAAUAUAAAAUAUAAUAAAUUCUUGUUGUCGUCGCGUAUAUGUCUCAAAAUCCUUUUAAAACUAUGUGAUAUACAGGGUGACAUUGUAAAAACUUGCCAGGGCCUCAAAAAUACUUUUUUAUGAAUAUGAAUGCAAAGCACUUUUUAUUAGGUAAAAGCAGAUUUUUUUCAAACUACAAUGUUGGGCAUUAAUUGGCAUGGUUUUCCAUUCUCACUAUAGAUUGAGCAAAUGAUUUGAAAUUCACCCUGUAUGUAUGUAUGUUAAUCUAUAUUUAGACUGUUGUAUGCAGUUAUAUAUGUGUCUUCUUCGUUUAUAGGCCUAUUAAUUCGCAAAGUGCGAGCUAUUUAUAUAAAUUAAACAAAUGCUUUUUUGUAUGUGCUUUACUUUUGUAAAAUAAAUACAUAAGGGACUUA